AUGUUGCUGACGCCACCUUGUUCCAGGAUUUGUUCAAUAGGUCUUGUAUUCCUAAACAAGUAUUUGCUUAGCGAUGAUAUAUUGAAGCUUGAUGCACCACUUUUCGUCACCUGGUACCAAUGCUUUGUGACAGUAGUAUUGUGUUAUGCGUGUUACAGUGUUUCUUUAUUGUUUCCUUCGUGGUUCAGUUUUCCAUGUGUAUCUUUUAAUCACCGUAUUUCGAGAGAGGUAUUGCCUUUGUCGUUUGUAUUUGUUGGAAUGAUAACCACAAACAAUUUAUGCUUAAAAUAUGUUGGUGUUUCAUUCUAUUACAUCGGGAGAUCGCUGACUACUGUAUUCAAUAUGGUACUUUCAUAUUUUUUGCUGGGACAGAUUACUUCAUUUAAAUCUAUUCUAUGUUGUGCUCUAAUUAUUAGUGGAUUUUUACUUGGAGUGAAUCAGGAAGAUGCUGCAGGUACCUUAUCCACUACUGGUGUUAUUUAUGGUGUAGCAUCAUCUGUCUGUGUUGCUUUGAAUGCCAUUUAUACCCAGCGAGUCCUUCCAACAGUUGGUGGAAGUAUUGCACAGCUUACUUUAGAUCGUUUCUUCAUUUCAAGACACAACAAUAUGAAUGCACUGAUAUUAUUUUUACCGAUUGUCUUAUUUUCUGGCGACAUUAAUGAAAUACUUUAUUUUCCUCAUUUACUGUCCUCAUGGUUCUGGAUUUUGAUGUCUCUUUCUGGCGUUUUUGGUUUUUUGAUUAGCUAUGUGACCGGAUGGCAAAUUCAAGUUACAUCACCUUUAACCCAUAACAUCAGUGGUACGGCUAAAGCAGCAUCACAAACAGUUAUUGCAGUUGUUUGGUGGCAAGAAGUGAAACCACUAUUAUGGUGGAUAAGUAAUACAAUUGUUUUAUUUGGGUCUACUCUGUAUACAAUAGUUAAAGGAAAGGAAAUGGCUAAUAAACAUGAGACUAAUAAAUCUAAAGCGAAUGAUACUCUCGAGCGACAAUCCAUGCUUCUUGAUUUGAGCGACGAAACUCACCUGUAG